UUCCCCUCUUGCCAGCUGCUCUGUUCACAUCCGUUCUUCCACCAUCCUCACCAUUCACAACACCGUUCUCCCCAGUCAGCUUGGCCUCAUCUUCUUCGCUGUCUAUUGCAAAGUCAUUGCUGGCCUCUGUGUUUUGUGGAGCUGCUGGGCUUUUUUCAGGGAAGAGCUCAGGUGGGUACAGAUCACUCAUGCUGUCAUCCGUCUCCUCUCCAUCCUCAUCUGUCCCCUCUCCGUCCUCAUCUGUCCUGGGAGACUUUGGCUCCCAGAAUUCUUCCUCUCUCUGAGGCUGCCUGCUCCCGUUCAUUUGGUCGUCAGGGUGCUGCCUCCGUUGCUGCUUCUGUCGCAAGCAGGCAGGGACAUAUUCCACCCCUUUCUUCUGGCACUCCUCAUAUGCUUUCAGGGCCCUCUGAUAGCGUUUCCCUUGGACGUGACAGAGCACGUGCUCUGGAAACUUGUUGAUGUGUCUGAGGGUGAGCUUGCAGAACAGCUGAUGCAGGUUCUUUGUGCUGGGCACUAUGUGGGGCUCAAACUUCUCAUAGUCAAACUCCCCGGCGGUCCUCGCCAGCCGCCGGUACUUCUUGCCGUCAGUGUACGCCUGCAGCUCCGCCAGCCGGCACGGCAGCUCGUGGCCGGUCAGCCUGCACCUCACCUUGCCCGGCGCGGCCACGCCGAGCAGCGGGUGCUGCCUCAGGAACAGCCGCACCUCCUCCGGCACCUCCGCCAUGGCCGCGCCGCCACAGAGAGGCGCUGCCAAGCGGGAGCCCGCCUCUCUUCCGGGGCCGGCCAAGCCGGGGGAGGAGGUGGCUCCCAUUACAGAGCGGGGGGGACGAGGACGGGCCGGGCCGGAGGCGGCGCCGCCAUGGCGGCGGGAGGGGUGCUGCUGCGAGCCGGGCGGCGGCUGCUGGGGGAGCGUCGGGCACCGGUAUCAAAUUGCUUGAUCAGAAGAACAUUUUUUGGAUAUACUCUGACUAAAGCGGGUUCCAGUCGGAUUCGGCAAACUAAAGAUGUUUGCUUGAGGUUCACCAGGCCACGUAGUUCUACAACAGCUGCUGAUGCAUCUGGAGAGGACGUCAUACUCAAAUGGGGCCUUCUCCUUGUGCCUCUGACUACAUUCUGUCUUGGUACAUGGCAGGUUCAGCGGCGAAAAUGGAAAUUAGAUUUGAUUGCACAGCUGGCAUCAAGAAUUUCAUCAGAGCCCAUCCCUCUGACAUUAGACCCUAUGGAGUUGAAGGAAUUAGAGUACAGGCCUGUAAAGGUCCGAGGGCAUUUUGACCACUCCAAGGAGCUCUAUGUUUUGCCACGAUCACUUGUGGACCCUGAGCGAGAAGCCAGAGAAGCCAGGCAGCUGACAUCCCACCCAGAAAAUGGAGCAAAUGUCAUCACUCCUUUCUACUGCACAGAACUAGGGGUCACGAUUUUAGUCAACCGAGGAUUUGUGCCCAAAAAGAAGUUGAAGCCAGAGACCAGGCUGAAGGGACAGAUUGAAGAUGAAAUUGAUCUCACUGGGGUAGUGAGGUUAUCAGAAACCCGGAAACCUUUUGUGCCUGAAAAUAACAUUGAGAAGAACCGCUGGCACUACCGUGACCUGGAGGCUAUGGCAAAAGUGACCGGUGCUGAGCCCAUCUUUAUUGACGCAGAUUUCAAAAGCACAGUCCCAGGGGGACCCAUUGGAGGCCAGACAAGAGUGAGCCUAAGAAACGAACACAUGCAGUACAUCGUUACUUGGUACGGGUUAUGUGCUGCAACCUCAUUCUUGUGGUACAGAAAAUUUAUACAAAAAAUACCUCUCUGAGGGGAAGGGCUAACUACUACUCCCCUGUACUACAGUCAAAACCAGACUUUUACAGAAGACCGCAGCCUGAUCAGUCCUGAAGAAGCCAAUCUCAGGACACCAUGUUCAGUAAGCUUGUGCAGCUAUCAAGCUACAAAUAGCCUUUAAGCAGCUGAUGCAAGUUCUGUGCUCCUACCACCAUGAUUCUGGCUGCAGAUCAGAAACAUUGAACUUCAGCCUUGGAAGUGGCUGUUGAGUCUCCUGCUUGAAUCAGCUUUCUAGAAAUCUCAAGGAUUUAUUUUUCUAUUGGGGUUGGGCAGUGGUUGGUCACAAGCUACAAAACUUUCUUCUCCACUGCCAUAUUUGCCAUGUUCAGUGCAAACAAAUGAUGGCAAGGGAUUUUAUAAUUUCUUUGUUUAUGCUUUCUUUGCACUGAGUAGUCACGGAUGAAGUCAGAACUGAUGCACUGCAGCUGCAUCAGUAUAAAUAAAAGGGCCUACAGGUGUUUCUCUUUUGA